UCCAUGCGCUGAGGAGAAUCUGACGGCAUGACGACGACUUCCUGAGAGGGAGAGAGAGAGAGAAAGAGAGAGAGAGAGAGAGAGAGAGAGAGAGAGAGACACCCUCCUCUCAGUUUCCACGGUGACGGCAUCCCUCCAUCCUCCUCCUCCUUCUCCAUCAUCUCUCUGUCCGGCUGCUGUCGGCUCGUUGGCGUCGACAGGAUGGGAGAUAAAGGAACUAGAGUGUUUAAGAAAGCCAGUCCCAAUGGGAAGCUCACUGUCUAUCUGGGGAAGAGAGACUUUGUGGACCACGUGGACCUGGUGGAGCCUGUCGAUGGCGUCGUCCUGAUUGACCCAGAGUACCUGAAGGAGAGGAAAGUGUUUGUCACUCUGACCUGUGCGUUCCGUUAUGGUCGCGAGGAUUUGGACGUCCUCGGGUUGACGUUUCGGAAGGACCUGUUUGUGGCUAAUGUCCAGGCGUUUCCUCCACUGCCUGAGGAGAAGAAGAGUCUGACUCGUCUUCAGGAACGCCUGAUUAAAAAGCUUGGAGAACAUGCCUACCCAUUCAUCUUCGAGAUUCCUCUGAACCUGCCAUGCUCUGUCACCCUGCAGCCUGGACCAGAGGACACUGGGAAGGCCUGCGGAGUUGACUUCGAGGUGAAAGCUUUCUGUGCAGAAAAUGUUGAAGAAAAGAUCCACAAAAGGAAUUCGGUGCGUCUGGUGAUCAGGAAGGUGCAGUACGCCCCAGAGAAACCUGGUCCUCAGCCGACAGCAGAAACCACCAGACAGUUCCUGAUGUCAGACAAACCUCUGCACCUGGAGGCCUCUCUGGACAAGGAGAUCUACUACCAUGGAGAGCCCAUCAGUGUUAAUGUUCAUGUCACCAACAACACCAACAAGACCGUGAAGAAGAUGAAGAUCUCUGUGCGACAGUACGCAGACAUCUGCCUCUUCAACACGGCUCAGUACAAAUGUCCAGUGGCCACUGAGGAGUCAGAUGACAUCGUAGCUCCCAGUUCAACUUUUUGCAAAGUUUUCACCCUCACUCCUUUUCUGGCCAACAACCGAGAGAAACGAGGCCUGGCUCUGGAUGGAAAGCUGAAGCACGAAGACACCAACCUGGCCUCCAGCACACUGUUACGAGAAGGAGCCAAUAAGGAGAUCCUCGGUAUCAUUGUAUCAUACAAAGUCAAAGUGAAGCUGGUCGUGUCGCGAGGCGGGCUCCUGGGAGAUCUGGCGGCGAGUGACGUCUCUGUUGAGCUGCCCUUCACAUUAAUGCACCCAAAGCCGUUAGAAGAAUCCAUCUACAGAGACGCCCCAGAUGAAGCUCCAAUCGACACAAACCUAAUCGAGUUUGACACAAAUGAUGAUGACAUCAUCUUUGAAGACUUUGCCCGCCAGCGGCUGAUCGGGGCGAAAGACGACAAGGAUGAGGAUGAAGAGCCAGUGGACUCGCCGAAACUCAAUGACAGAUAAAGGCGAUGAGCGUCACCGCCGCCACUGCUGUUAUUGUUUCGCUGCCAUUUGUAGUGUGGAGCUAAUGGAGGUCACCUUUAGGUCUAACCACAGUCUGGACACCCUUUAAACACUCGGUGGUGCCGUGUUUGUGUUCUCGUUCAUGUCCGUCCUCUCUCUGCGUCCUGCUGGAGUGUAAAAAGCUAGAUUACCACAGCCUAGACAUCUGUCGUGGUGGAGCAGCUCUCCACUCCCAUGCUGGCCGGCUGAAGCGUUGAACCGGCGCUCACAGAAUCUAAACGAUGACUGGUAGCAUGCUUUACUUUAUUCUACGUGUUUCCAUUAGGGACCGAACAGGAGUAACAUUGUGCUGAGAUUAGUUUCGAUGUGUCGUAUCAGAGGGUCUUUAUAAACAACAACACUGCCAACUUGGGUUGAUCUGGGACAGCUCUCCACCACCUGGAACCACAACAUGGACUGGAGCUGACAGAGGUUUUUGUUCAUGAACCUUCCACAGUCAAUAUGUGUGUGUGGACGAAGCUGCAGAACACAAAGAAACACCAGAGGAGAAGAGACCUGCAGGACGUCCUGACCAGCCGAGAGGACCUCAAACUGUCAGAGUCGCCAAUCAGCUGAAAGGAACCUUUGGCCUAGUUUGCAUGAAAUACAUCAGUACUUUAUAUGAUUUAUUAAUGUCAUGAAUAAUCAACCCAUUAUAGAGGAUGAUCCGGAUUUUAAAGGAACAUACAAGUGUUUGUUGUUUGAUGUUUUCAUGUUGAUCAUUUUCCAAAUCAUCACCAGUAUUUGGAACAACGUCAUUCCACGCACACAGCUACAGCAGCUUCCACUUCAGUCCGAUGAAAAUCAGCUGGCAGAGAGAUGACGGUCGCUGUCUGAACCUUAGUUCUUUAUACUGACUGAAAUGUGUGUGGCACAGAUUCAUCAUGUUGACUUUUCCUUUUAUCAGACAGUUCCUGAUAUAAAGUUUUAUAUUGUAUUUUAUCAAGCAUCAACCUCCUGGGCUGAAAAAUGAAGCCAACACUGAAGACCUAAAUGCUG